AUGAGUGACGAAAAACAGCCUCCCGUCACCACCUAUCCUGACACGAAAACAAUCAAAGAAAACUAUGCCGACGUGACUUUACGAAUCAUUGAAGACCAUGGCAACGAGUUCGAACCGCUGACGCCGGAAACAGAGAAGAAACUCACACGAAAGUUAUACCUAAAUAUCGUGGUUUUAGUAUCGAUCAUCAACCUGGUUCUAUUUAUGGACAAGUCAACCCUUGGCUAUGCUGCGAUUCUUGGGCUGUUCGAAGAGACGGGUAUCUCAAAGUCACAGUAUAAUACUCUCAACACUAUAUUCUAUGUCGUGGCCUGGAAAUUACCUUAUGCAACGACUUCCCCUUGGGCGAUUUUUAAGUGGAACACUUUUCCUCUGGGGGUCAUCAUAUUCCUCCAUUGUGUUGCCACCAAAUACGGGGGACUAGUGGUUCUUCGUCUCGCUCUAGGUGCAGUGGAGGCAGUGGUUGUCCCUGCGAUAGAAAUCACUCUGAGCAUGUUUUUCAAUCGUGAGGAACAGUCAUUUCUACAACCCAUCUUUUUCAUCACCUGUCUUGGUUCUCCAAUUCCUGCUGGUUUUAUUUCCUACGGGUUACUAUACAGUCACAGCAAUAUCCUCCCAUGGAAACUCUUCAUGAUCGUCAAUGGAGGACUGACCAUCCUACUGUCAAUAUGGACCUGGUUCUGCUAUCCCAACAAUCCCGCUGAAGCAAAGUUCCUUUCUCUUGAAGAAAAGGUUCACGUCAUCCACCGUGUGCACGCGUCCCACCAGAGCUCUAUCGAGCAGAAACAAUUCAAAAAGUCCCAAUUCAUCGAAUGCCUUCGAGACCCCGUGUCUUGGCUAUUUGCCCUACAGGCAUUCACGUUGAUGUAUGCCAACAACCUCAACUAUGGCCAGCAAAACCUCCUGACUACUUCUCUUGGGGUAUCCGACCUAGGUUCCACCCUGGUCUCCGCAGCAGGUGGCGGUUUCGGCGUUGCGCUCUGCAUCGUCGCCCAUUUUGCAUUAAAGUUUUUUCCCAAAUACCUCGCUCUGCAUAGCCUAGUUUGGUGUCUUUUUGCACUGUCAGGGGCUGUAGGCAUAAUUUUCAUCGAUUGGAGCCGGAAGCUGCCGCUGUUAGUCUGCAUGCUCAUUGCGGAAAACACAUACGGUAUCACAUAUAUCAUCGCGCUCGGGUGGACAACUUCUUCGGCUGCCGGGUAUACCAAAAGGCUAACGCGGAAUGCAAUGUUUAUGUUCGGCUACAGUGUUGGAAACUUGGUUUCCCCGCAAAUCUGGGUUCCGAGCGCGGCGCCGAGGUAUUAUGGUGCGUGGAUCUCGAUGAUUUUUGUUAGCUGGGUGGGAACACCAGCCAUCCUUGGGGUCAUCCAUUUUAUUCUUGCAAGAAGGAAUAAGGAGAGAAGAAGUUGGAUUGCUGGAUUGAGCGAUGAUGACCGAGAGGGGUGUAUUGAACAAGUCGAUGAGUCCGGGGUAGUGGUGAGGAGGAAGGUGGAUCUGGCGAUGCUGGAUCUGACGGAUUUGGAAAACAAGCUGUUCAUCUAUCCUAUUUAG